AUGAGUAUUUCGAUUACCGCGUUUCCUCGAGGAAGUGGUUCGGAGGCUUAUGGCGACGCUUUGGCACAAGGACCUGACAUUAGCAAUUACGGUGGUGAUACUGCGGAACAGACAGAUGCUGGGGAAGCAAGUGAUGCUGGUGGCCUUGAUGCUGCUGAAGAACCAGCUGAAGAUGCCCCUGACGAAGCAGCAGCAGCAGCAGCUGAUCCUGAUGGCACAGAGGCAGACACCGAAGGCUGAAUAUCUCAACUUCAGUGUACUUUAAUUGAAUUGUUCUUCUUUAAUAAGAAAAUAAUAAAUGUGAUACAGCUUU